AUGUUUUCAGAUGGUCGAGGAGGACCACCGUCGUUCAUGAAUUACUAUUUGUUGAUCGAUUCAGGUAGUGAUUAUACUUGGCUUCAAUGCGAAGGUGCCUAUCCAAGUUUCAAUCAAGAUGCUCCUCUGUAUCCUUCUCAUGGUUCAUAUACAUACCAACCUCAGCGUUGUGGUAACCCCCCUGAACCUGAUUGCAUCGACGGCUAUCGUACUCGUUCUCAAGCGUAUGGCAAUGGAGCCGUUGCGGAUAUUGUUCUUGCCGCGGACAAAUUCACUUUUAACUCGUCUGCGUUUAUGAUAAACAUGGGCUGUGGUUUUAGCCAAAGAAAUUGGGAUGGUGUCUUCUGUAUGAAUCGUCAAAGAGGAAGACCGGAUUUUAUUGCCGGAGUACUCGGUUUAGGAACAGGACCAUGGUCUUUGGUAAUUCAAUUACAAGAAGUUUCACAAGGUAAAUUUUCAUACUGCUUGGAGGAAUUUGACGAUAAUUUUUUUCCAGGACUAAACACAUAUUUAAGGUUCGGCAGCGAUGCAUAUAUUGGAGGCGGAGGUCAACUAGUACAUGCGACUCCCAUCCUAGUGCCCGGCUUGACGACAUCGCUUUAUUUCUUAGCUCUAGAGGAUAUCAGUGUAAGUAACCAAAAACUGAGGUUCCGUAGAGGUACUUUUGCGCUUCGGGGUCCAAGAAAUAAUAGAAUAGGUGGUACAAUCAUUGAUUCGGGGGCUCCAUUUUCCGCUUUGCGCAGGGAUUCUUUUGAUAGAGUUGCUCAGUUUGUGGAGCAACGUUUUGCACAGCAUGGUAUUGAUGUCUUGGAAGAAAAUGCUAGAUACGAUUUCAUCUUUGGAGCCAUGCAACAAGUAAAUAAGAAGAUUUUGUAUGAUUUGAAUGUUGCACAACUCUUCUUCGCUGAUCAGGUUUGCACACAAGAUAGGUGA